CUGCUGAUGUUUGUUUACUUUACUGGACUUUAUCGCUCGCUGCCGGAUAGCGAUGUUGCUAACUCGCGCACGCAAGCGACCACACAAUAAACAAACAAAAACUAGCUGUAGCGCGACAAAUUACUUCACAAUCCCCAAAAGUGUGUGGGUUUUCAAAUUAACUAAAUACAUCCGCUUCGGACACAUCCGGGUCGCUGCAUCUUUUUAUAUUCAUAUAGAUGUUUACAAUUUGUGCUUAUCUUCAUAUUUCACAUAUUUUAUAUUUCUGGGAACGAUGUGGGUGGCGAGUUAUGUUCAUGUUUUCGGGAACGGUCCGGAUGGCAUGAUGUGAGAAUGUUUACGGGCUGAUUGAUAUUAUGCUGAUUGUUAUUUCGUGUGUUGUUCAUUUGGCUCGGCUGGUGUUGUGCUAACUGAUGAUUUUUCAAUGAAAAUCCGGAUCAUUUUCAAGUUGUUGCUCAGCCCAAUUCACGAACAUUUAUUCACACGUCAGACCCGUUUCGAUUAUUGUUAUACGAGGGUCACUAUUUAUAUUUCGGGAAUAGGAACAAAAACAAAUAGUUAAGUUGCGAAUAUAUUUUUAUUGUUUUUCAAAGUACUCGCCACGAUGAUCGAUACACUUAAACCUGCGCUUAAACCAAUUUUCAAAGCAUUUAUUCCAAUCGACACGAGCCUUUUUUUGAGCGAUUGUCAAAUUAUGUGGGAUCCAACGUGAACAUAAUUUUCGCACAACUAAGUGUUCAUGUAAAAUCACAUAUAUGCUGGUGGAACUAAUGCUUAGGGAUGCCUCAAUCUCACAAUAGGUUACAUGACGAUCUUGCUUAAUCAUUUCGUGCACAGCAUCGAUGUUUUCUGGCACUACAGUCGCUUUUGGACGACCUUCACGAAACUCGUCGGACAGCGAACUACGACCACGAUUGAAUUCACUAUACCAGCGAUACACAGUGGUUUUUGAUAGAGUUUCUUCGCCAAAAGUCAAAUUAAGUUGAUUGACGCACUCUUGUUGUGAUAAUCCACGUCGAAAGUCGUAAAAAAUCAUCGCACGAAAAUGUUCACGAUUCAGUUCCAUUUUUUUGCCGAGACCAAACUUUCAACUUUCAAAUAUAAAAUAAACAAAUAGCGUCCGUAUGACAAAAUGUUCUGAGUACGUAUAUCGUCAAAAAUGUCAAACUUUACGAUGGAACCGUCAGAUGGACUCACAUGACAUCAGUGUUGCCAAUUCCCGAAAUAUAAAUAGUAACCCUCGUAUUACUUUUUGGAGUACAUCUUCCCUGUGAUACUUCAACCUUUCUGCUCGAUAGAGACAGUGUUAAACAGAUAAAUCUUUAACUACAUUAAUUUUAUCAAUUGUUAUGUUACUUUAUUCAAUGCAUUGAACUUUACAGGAUGGUGCUCCACGCGACCGUUCGCGUGCAGAGUUCUUUUCGAUUUCAUUGGGAGGAGCUAAGUUGAUUUCAUAGGGAUCGAAUGCAGUGUUCGAUGUGAAUGGGGUCAAGAAAUGAAGAUGCUUACUGUGCUCGUAAGCGCGCAUAUCGAUUUCAUGGGAAAUCGUAACGUGUUACGAAUUUGUAUAUGGUCGCGUAUUUCAUUGGAAUAGAAUUAGGUUUGUUCUGGUUUCGGGUUUAUUGCCUUCAGUUGCGCGCGACAUGAUGUAAGAGUGCAUUCAUACCGCCAGCGCAUGUUGGCUUGUUUCUAUGGAUAAUGAAUAAUUUGUGGGGGAAAAACAAUUAAUGAAGUUAUGCAUUUAUGCUUGAGGAACUAACAAUUAACUGCUUAUGGGAAUGAAGGAUAAUUCAUAUAUUGUGAGUUUUAAAAUAGCAUUUGGAAUCAUGCUACUAAUGUAGCAUUUAUUUUGUUAAAUAAAUUUAAUCCUGUAUCCUGUUUCUCAUUCGAGGGAAGUAGAAAUUUCUCGCAAUUGCUGUAAACAGAAGCAAUUGGAUUAAUUUUUCUGAUUCACUCAUUUAGAAUUUAAAUUUAGUUGGACAUAAUAAAUCUUUUUUUAAUUUAUUCAAAUUAACAUAAAUAAAUGUUAAAAUCUUAUCUUCAUGUGGUCUCCAGUUUUUCCUUAUUUUUCUGAUUUUCUGUAAUUGGCGGUCUCUUCGGCGUUAUAUGGCUGCUGUCUGGAGCUGGUAUAGUCGUGCAGCGUUUACGGCUGCCCUCUCCGUAUUAUUCAUAUUGUACUUAGCGAAAAGCCUGAGCAAACAAUCGCCCACGGCUACUGUGGCUAUUAAACACAACGCCACUGCUUGCGCCGUCGUUUGCUGUUCACUAUUGUUGGCUGAAGACGAAAUUAUUUCGUCUGCUCUAAACAGGCCCAUUUUCUUUUAAACUGAUAGAGUUCGUCACUACACUGGGCACGAUUUUUCAGCUUCGCACCAAAAAACUGAUAGCGUUCAACACUUAGUACUUUGGGUUGCUCACACAAUUUUUUGUGUUUUAAUUAACUUAUUUACACCACGUAGUGUAGUUUCCAUUUAUUAUUUCACUCACUUCCACAGUUCAAUUAGUACAUCAAGCGGACGUGUCGCCGGCAGCAGAGUUCGCGUUCACGUGUCCGGUCACGGUCGCCAUGUGCGAUGUGAGAUGUUAAUCAAUUUGAUGUGAUACCGAAUGAAUUGACAUGUUCGGUCACUUCCUGUGACUUUUGAAGUUCUUAUCUGUCCGUAACAGGUACGUUGAGCCACCAUUCACUGUAGUUUUCUAUUGUUAAAAAAGAUCGAUACACUUACCUCCGAAUUGCUUCGUGCCCAGGGAUCCCAACAGUAUAGCCUUCUUGCUACAGUUGUCGUGUUCCUGUUUCGGCAUCUUGCUAAAAUUCAGCGACCGUUACUUUUUACUUUACUCGAGAGCAUGACGUUUCAUCGAACGAGUGACAUGCAAUUUAUGUGAUACACAUUUAUAUGCUUUUUUCUACAAUAAUUUGGUCGCCAUCUGCAAGAUCUUCACUGUUUAUCGUCUCAAUCACGAAGGUUAACUCUGAGAAACCUUAAAUCUACACUUUGCUCGUUGUGUGCCCAUGAGCGUCCGCGGGAUAAUCGGUGACCGCUCGAAGCCGAGCGGUGACUGCCUGCUGAUAAGAUGGCGGAAUAUGUUCCGAAUGGCCAGCCCACUUAAUCAUUAAACUAACGAUGCCCGUGUUGCCAGAACUGGGCACGCCACACACUAUCUUCGAUAUCCUUUGAAUUCAGUCGUCUUAUUACUUCGCAUCGUGGUGGGAUAAAACAUAUUCCUUUCGGCUGAUUUGUAAUAGGUAUCCACUCUAAAAAAUUGGCUUCUGGUGGUGUGGGUUGUUCGUUCUGGUCAGUGUCAAGUUUUUCCUCUUGGUUGGUAACCUCUCGCUCUGUUUCGUAAGCUGUUAAUCACACAGGAUGAUACGCUUCCUGGAUCCAACUCAGCUGGGGAGCACAAAGUGCCACUCUGUAAACGAAGGGUAUCGUCCAGAUGGCCACUGUGCCGCACAAAGCCAUAUAGCGCAAGAGAGCCCUUAUCGAUGGGAGGUAAUCCUUCCACAAACUUCAUCUUCUCCCGAAGCGGGAUGAAGGCGGCUUCUUGUUUACUCCAGAGAAUCGGGUUGUACUGUAGGCGAGAGCCCACCGCGGCGGUGGACCAAUGUCUCUGCGCAUCUUGGUAGUCAAGUGCGCACUCUGGGUGCCAGGCACGUGACUGUGGAUAGUAUCCGAGAAAGUUGUUGGUCGGUCUCAUUCUGUGUGGCGUCAGCGCAGGAGGGAGCGGUUCAUAAUCAAUAAAUCCAGCACCUACAUGUGACAGUUGAGCCUCAAUGAGUGCUCGAGUUGUGUAGGGUGCGAUUGCUACUUCGUAGAUAUUAUGGUUAUCCGCAUCCGGCAAUCCGAAGUCUCCUCCUGGUAGUUGGGUUCUAUUGUGUAUUCGACGGGGUUUAGGUAUCAAGAUUUCCGGCACAUUGGCCGCGUACUUAUAUCCUUCCUUGUCCGUGAUGCUUCCAAUUCCUUGAAGCCAACUGUAGAUUUCAAUGGGGACGUGUACUGUCGUGGAAUUUACUAGCCUUUCGCAAUCCACGCAGCUUAAACGACUGUCCCACUGACCCGUUUGGCCAGUUGCCUCUGCAAUACGUAAGAGUUGUGUGAUAUAUAGUUGGGUCAUGUUGUGUAUGAACACCUCACGUGGCAGGCUGCGAGAUACGCCCGCCUGUAUCCUCAACAUCUUAGCAUGGCACUGUUCUACUACGUUCAAGCCGUGUGCGAGAUGAAGGCCUUCUCGCUGUUCGGCACUAGAUUGCCAACCGUCGGAAUGUCAUACUUGAGCUCGUUUGAAGGAGGGCUAGCUUCCUUACUAGCGUAGCUAGUUGAUGGUGGCUGUCGUAUGUCUUCCUGCCGUUUUACAGUAUCGGCGAUACUCUUCCCAGCCUGUCCCCUCUUAGGCCGGGGUCCUCUAACGCCUCUGCCACUGGCGUUAGUUCGGGGAGGGUUGUCGUAUCUCUCCUCUCCCCACCGGGGAUCUCCCCAGUCUCGGCGAUGAGCGUCUUCCGCAGAAUGUCCAGCGCCGGAAAGCCGUGCGCGAUUGUCUGCCGCUCGAUCGCGGUCCCUGAUGAACUGUUUUUCACGUCGACUCAUGGAUGUAUCCGAGUGCGUACAGUACAGUUAAAACUUGAAAAAGCUUUUAAAUCACCAAAGAUUUAGUCUCUAUUUGUUUCCUCAUAGAGGGUUUCGUAAGCUGGUUGGUAGUAAUAUGAGUCAUCAUACUGUGCAAUGUCAUGAUAGUUGUCAUCAUAAUUAUAUUCAUCAUAGUAUUCAAAUUUUUCAUUAUUUGGAUUUGGAUCUUCCAGUGGGUGUGCUUGACGUUUGAAAUUUUGAUAUUGCUGAGAAGGAGGGAAUGGCCGUUUUAAGUUGAUCGGGGGGCGAUUGCCGUAGUUUACGUUCCUUGUUCGAAGACUAGGAUCGACUUCCAUUGGCUCUGGUGGAGGCAGUGGUUUCGGCAAUUGAUUUACUGUUCUGAACGGGUUUGUUUGAAAUGGAUUUUGUCUAAAUGUGUUUGUUUGAAAUGGAUUUUGCCUAAAUGGGUUUGGUUGGGAAUUAUAUUGAUUGAACGGAUUUGUUUGGAACGGAUUUUGUCUGAAUGGAUUUGAAGGAAGUCUUGGGGGAAGCGGUGGUAAAACUGUUCGAUUAUAAGGGACUUGCAUUCUGGGUUGCAAUCUUGGUGGUUCUCUAGGUUUUGGUGUUAUGUGAGUGCCAAAUUCAUUUCUGAAAGGAGCAGAUCGAAUAUCCAUAUUGUAAUAGUCAACGCAAAAUUGAUAUGCCUGACCUAAAUAUGUGGGAUUUGUGCUUUUAAGCAAAAUGUUCAAAGGUCUCUCUAAACCUCUGAUAAAUGCAUCGAGGGAUUUAUCUCGAAAAUAAUUAAUAUGAAUGGGAGCAUUUUGUUUCAUUUUGUCGUCGGUUUGAAUUUGCACAAUAAUAUAUGACAACAGCUCAUUCACUCUACUAUAGUAUGAGCUAAUGUUUUCAUUAGCUAAUUUUUUAAUGGAUGUCAGUUCAUAGUCAAGAGUCUUGAUGUCUCGUUUGUCCCUAUAAUAUAGUACAAGUGUCUUUUUAAUUUCAGUCCAAUCACAUUGGACAUUGUUUGCGUUUAAAAUGUCUGCUGCUUCUCCACCAAUUUUCCUGCGAAUCGUUCUUUCAAGAACGCUCAGCUGACCGGUGGUUGCAUUUUGUUCUCUGUAUACUCGAAAAAUUGAGUCUACAUCUGAUAACCAGUCUAUCAGUUCGGUGGGAUUACCAUUGAAGGGUUUUACAUCCCUGACAAAGUCGGGUAUUUUUCCCAGAUCAAUAAAUUGCUGGGUGGUCAAGUACGGCAGAGAAGCCGGCGAUCUUCCUUCGUCCAUUGACAUGAUAUUUUCGAAAUAAAAAUUUAUUCGUGAUUUUUUUGGAGGAAUGUUUGAAAAUAUGGGAAAUUAAAUAUUUUUAAUUGAAAAUAUUCACGAUUCUUUCACUCUAAAUUCAAAACUCAAACACGUAUCUUUCACAAUUUAGCUUACACUCACUCUUCCUAGCUUAUCUCACACUUAAAUUUUGAUUAAAGAGGAUUAUUUUACUUACAUGUCAGCAUGUCACAGCGGCUGGACUUCUUGGAUAAAACCUCGGGAUGUUUUCCGUUUUCGGGGGAGACAAGAGCAGGUACUUCAAGGGAUCCCGUUUGCAAUUGCUACUAGGGGCUUUGGUACCGAUUGGGGAUGUAAAAUCCCACGGUGUCUCUAUGUCUCGCUUCGUUGAAUUAACAGUGGUGGCUCUUUGAACCACUUCAAACACACUUCACACACAGCUCGGCUCUUUCAACCGAUUUCGUGAAUUUGGUUAGGUUCACUUCAAAAGAUUUUCACUGCAUUUAAUUGUGUCUAUUUUUUUAAGAUUUUUCACCGCACUUCAACUUAUACUGUUCCCGUCACGAAAAAACUCCGAGGUCCCUAUUCGGGCGCCAGUUAAACUUUUCGGUUACCGGAGUUCUUUUUAAAAAAGAUACAACUUCGUUCCCUGCUAAGCUAAGACUACCGAUGUGGUGAUCGAUGCUGUCGAGUCAGCAUCUCGUUUCCGUUCCGUAUCGGAUGAUCGUCUCGCUGAGCUUGCUGUUCCCAGGAAUGGUAAAUUCUGCUGACGUUUGUUUACUUUACUGGACUUUAUCGCUCGCUGCCGGAUAGCGAUGUUGCUAACUCGCGCACGCAAGCGACCACACAAUAAACAAACAAAAACUAGCUGUAGCGCGACAAAUUACUUCACAAUCCCCAAAAGUGUGUGGGUUUUCAAAUUAACUAAAUACAUCCGCUUCGGACACAUCCGGGUCGCUGCAUCUUUUUAUAUUCAUAUAGAUGUUUACAAUUUGUGCUUAUCUUCAUAUUUCACAUAUUUUAUAUUUCUGGGAACGAUGUGGGUGGCGAGUUAUGUUCAUGUUUUCGGGAACGGUCCGGAUGGCAUGAUGUGAGAAUGUUUACGGGCUGAUUGAUAUUAUGCUGAUUGUUAUUUCGUGUGUUGUUCAUUUGGCUCGGCUGGUGUUGUGCUAACUGAUGAUUUUUCAAUGAAAAUCCGGAUCAUUUUCAAGUUGUUGCUCAGCCCAAUUCACGAACAUUUAUUCACACGUCAGACCCGUUUCGAUUAUUGUUAUACGAGGGUCACUAUUUAUAUUUCGGGAAUAGGAACAAAAACAAAUAGUUAAGUUGCGAAUAUAUUUUUAUUGUUUUUCAAAGUACUCGCCACGAUGAUCGAUACACUUUUGCAUGCGCUUAAACCAAUUUUCAAAGCAUUUAUUCCAAUCGACACGAGCCUUUUUUUGAGCGAUUGUCAAAUUAUGUGGGAUCCAACGUGAACAUAAUUUUCGCACAACUAAGUGUUCAUGUAAAGGUGUCUAUUCUGUAUUUCAAUCGAUUCGAAAUAUUUCGAACGACUUGGUAAAUUCCAUUCCCUGUUUCGUUCGAGGUGUUUUCAAAUUCGAAUACCUUUCGUUCGGACUGUUUUGUUUUCGAACAUCUUUCAUUCGAAUCAAACCAAACGUCAAACCCACUUUGUUUAUGAAGGAGUGAAUAAUUUCCGCAGCGGAUGAGCGGUGAACUGCAAAAAUGGAAAAAAACAAAAACAAAACAACCACUAAAAAUCAGUUCGAGCGGAUUGUGCUGCUUCUGGAGCAAGAGCCGGACAUAGCAAAGGGUUUCUCCCGAGGAAAUUCCGGACCCUACUGGGAUGAUCUGGCGGCAGAAGUCAAUAGUUUGGGACCGCCUAUUCGCGAUGGAAGUGGAUGGAAAAAGGUUUGGGCGGACUAUAAGUCCGGAUUAAAGCGAAAACUCGCUCACAACAAACGGGAGCAGAGGGCGACAGGUGGAGGACCCAAUAAAAUUAUCAAUUUGUCCGAGCUGGAGGAGCAGGCAGUUCUACUAACUGGGUUACUUGCGACCGUGGAAGGAAUCCCGGGUACCUCAUCUCAUGGAACACAGUUGGGUUCGCCUUCGGGUGAACCUCAAGCUGCAGACCAGGAAAAUUUUAUAUAUUAUGGUACUUCCGACGAGUGUGACGGUAUCAAUAAUACCAUUCACUUCCAGCCCUCUCAGCCGAAAAAAUCCAGACCUUCUACCACGAGGCUAUUAGAGCUGCAAGUCGAGCAACAAAACAAAUUUCACACCAAUGUGAAAUCCCUGUUAAAAAACACAAACAAGAAUUUGAGUGAUCUGGUUCAUUAUCAGCGCCAAUCAGCUCGAGCGAUUCUUUCCGUGGAUGCCACACUCAAAGAACAUCUGAGUGAACAAAAACGACAUAACCACGAGAUGGAGAAGAUCGCGCUGGAGAAAUCAAUAGCGACAAAUCCUUGAAACGCAGAUUGCGUAUAUUUCAGAACAUUAGAAUAAUGUUUCAAAAUAUCAGUGAUCUGAUUUUUUAUCUUUAUAUUGUAACUCAAGUAUAAAAAAAUGAAAAAAAGUUCUAAUCGUAUUUUUAUAUCUUUCCAUGGAAGAAAAAUCUUACUUAAUUUUUUCUUUGAAGUUUGUUUGGAAUAGCAUCAAAAUUAUAUAAACUUUUUUAAAAUUCACGAAUUUCGCCUAUAGUUUAUGGAACUUCCUUAACCCCUUCACGUACAACAUUGAACUUCACUCGUUGUUUCUCGAUGUGAAAUAAUUACAUAGCUUCAGGCAUAUGAUGAGGAUACCGACAACUGAAGAUUAUAAAAUUUCCGUUAUUUAAAAAAAAAUUGAAUGAGCUAAAAAUAUAAAAUAUAAUUUGAAUAUUAUAAUUAAAAUAAAAACGAACGAGUUAGUACGUAGUAAUAACUCCUUCGUUUUUAUUUUAAACACAACAUGUAUUUGCUCAUCAUAGGGCACCCAUGUUAGAUACCCACACUCAGCAGAGUAGCGGAACGACUCGAAGUGCUCGUUUUGGGCCGUGCUGUUGGAAAUUAAAUCGUACAGCAAGGGGUUAAAACAACGCAAAAAGUAUUAAUAAUGGUUAUUUGAAUACUUGGCCUGCUUACGAGAAAUCGAUAAUGACAUGUUCUCAAAGUGUUGGCAGGAAUAAGAGUAAAUAAUUCUGCCGAAACCAUAGUUAAGUAAGGAAGACACUUCCUUUUCCGGUGGUUGUUAUUUAUUUGAGCAUUUGCAAACAAGUUAGAUGAAAUUUAACAGUCAUAAAUAUUAAUUUAAACAAAAGUUUAUUAUGUAAACAGCUGCAUAACAUAUUAUAACUACUGAGAACGACCAAAUUCUAAGCAUAUAUUGUGAAGUGCACAGCAUACAUUUAUA